GUCCUCAACCAAGCAUUAUCGUGCCCGGCCGUCCGUUCCCAGAACAGGCUGCGUAAUCUGCCUGUCGUUACGACAAAGUCCCCGCUGGGCAAGAGUGCUCACACAUUGCCGUGCAGGCCCUCCUCACCGACAUCGCAGGGGCCUUGCUCGGAUCGCCCUACCCCUGUUGCUGCUCCGUCGAACUCAAAGCCCGACAGGCACACACACACACACACACACACACACUCAGCAAACGACACAUCACAUAAUACUGGGAGAAACAAAACACCGCCCUUUGUCCAAGAGUGACAGAGACUUCUGCAGUAGUGGGCAUCACAGCAUUUCAGGUCGAGCCUGUUUCGUUCACGAGACGCAGGGGUUCGUACGCUGAGAGAGAGGAGACCUGCGCUUGGCCACGGCAGGGUCCCUGAUGGAGAUGGCUGCUCCCCAACCUAUCCCGAUCCGGACGGAUCUGGUCUUCCGCCCGGCUCCUGUCGACCACGCCACCUCGAACGGCUCGCCCAGGAAUUCGGCAGUCUACCAGUCGCGGCACAAGCACACGAGAUCCUCGUACUCGGAGUCUUCCCCGCUGACGGCCAUUUCCAGGAAUAACUCGCUGAGCUUCCGGCCUCUGAAGCGGGCAACUCCAACACCGGACAAGACGAUUGCGGUCAUCAAUGCCAGUGGUCGGCAAGCAGCUUCGCUAAUCAGAAUCGCCACGGCUAUUGGCUACAAGGUCCGCGCGCAGCUUCGCAAUCUCGAAGGUGUCAUCGCCACCGAGGUAUCGACAAACCCAAACGUCACCUGCUUCGUGGGAGAGCUCUACCUGAGAAAGACGGCGGGCGACAACAGAGAUGUCACCGUGGGCACGCACAUCCCCGGCAUCGCCGUCAAUCACGACUUGAUCAACCAGCUCUUCUCCGGCGCGCACCUGGCCUUUAUCAACACGACUUUCUACGGCAAUGAGACUGCAAUUGGCGAGGCGAUUGCCGACGCCGCGAAGAAGGCUCAGGUCCAGCACUUCAUCUAUUCCUCCAUGCCCGACCACGCCGCGUACAACCCAGAGUGGCCAUCCCCACCGCUGUGGGCUGCGAAGCACAAGAUUGAGCAGUACAUAAGAAAGAUCGACCUGCCUGCUACUUUUGUCUACACUGGCAUAUACAACAACAAUUUCACAUCGCUCAUCUACCCAAUGUUCUGUAUGGAGCUCCAAAAGGAUGGUUCCUUUGAGUGGCGGGCCCCCUUCCACCCGGAUGCCAAGUUGCCGUGGCUGGACGCGGAGCAUGACGUCGGCCCUGCCAUCAUCCAACUUUUCAAGGACGGCCCGAAGAAGUGGAACGGAAAGCGGAUCGCACUUGCAUACGAAUACCUCACACCCAUUGAGGUCUGCGAGGCCUUUGAGAAGGGCUUGGAUCGACCUGUCCACUACAAGCGCGGCCCUAUCGAAGUCAAAGUCAAGAUCCCGGAGGGCUACGCGGAGCAGCUGAAGGCGCUUGGUCAACUGUUCUCAUGGGAGAACCCUGACGCCAAGAAGCAGCCACCAUACUUUGGCGACAUGGAAAUCGAGCGCACCGUGCCCGAAGGCGCGCUGGGUCUGUGGGAAGGCCCGCGCGGCUUGGAGGAGUACGCUGGGGAGAUAUUCCCGCUGGAGGAGGAAGCCAAUGGCAUGACGUGGAUGUUCGACGACGAGGAACAAGGCGAGCACGAGGCGGGCUACCGCACCGCCGAAGCUGAUCUCGGCACGGCGCCAGCGCCCAUUCCUGAGGCGAGCGACGAGGACGACGACUCGUCCGUCGACGAAGGUCUUGUCAUGAGAGGUCUGAGACGUGACGAGGAGGCCUGGCUGGCGUAAAAGUGGUCAAGAAGUGGAGCAUACACUGUGGCAGAUUGCCAUACUCUUGCCAACACUC